UCUCACUCGCGCUCCCUCCCCCUUGCUCCCUCCCCUCCUUGCUCUCGGUCCCUGCUCUCCCGUCUCUCAGUUGCCACGGCGAUGCUCGCAGGAGCGGCUUCCCUCGAGGCGCGCAGGAGCGAGCGACACCGGCGAGCAGGAGAUGCGGCAGCCGGCCCGGCGCUGAGCCACACAAAGUGGCACAGUGCCAGAGGGAUGAUGGGCUGAGACGGCUGCCGACGGAGGAUUCAACACACAAACCUGCCAACUAGUGCCUGUGUCACGAAAUCAACGUCGCUUGGCAGCGUCAUCUCUCAGAGCUCUCUCGCAGUGAAACCCUGAAGGGAAACAGAAAACAAGUUUUAACACACACACACACACAAACAUAAAUACACACGCGCACACACAUGCGAAACAAGUUCAACAUACACACAUAUAUAAACAUUCUCGCUUACACGCAAAUGCACAAAAACACGCAGAACACACGCACGCACAAUCACAAAUGCAUACGUGCACAUCCGCAUAAAAUGCAUACGUAGAUAUACACACGCACACAAACACACAUAUCAAUACACACAUACCACUCCACAAAUAUACACAUACCAACACACACACACACACAUAUACCCCAACACACAUAACUCACGUACACAGAGAUACACGCACACACACACACACGCGCACCAACACUUACACACACACACACUGCUCACAUACGACUCAGGGACGGAGCCCGAACCAUGGUGACCGUGUCCGGGGAGCUGUUCCUCAACAUCACGGGCGGCAGAGGCGGUGGUGCGAUGCGGGCCGUGGCUGAGAACGUCUCACGCGAGCUGCUGAGGAUGAACGAGAGCCAGGCGACUCACGCCCUGGUGAACAGCACGGCCUCGGCGGCGGACGACGACCGCACGGUGCCCGAGCUGGUGCUCAUCAUCGUGUUCACCACCAUUGUCAGCCUGCUCACCAUCAUCGGUAACAUCCUCGUCAUGCUCUCCUUCAAGGUGAACAGCCAGCUCAAGACGGUCAACAACUACUUCCUGCUGAGCCUCGCCUGCGCCGACCUCAUCAUCGGCGUCUUCUCCAUGAACCUCUACACCACCUACAUUGUCAUGGGCCGCUGGGUGCUGGGCCAGGUUGCCUGCGACCUGUGGCUCGCGCUCGACUACGUGUCGAGCAACGCGUCCGUCAUGAACCUGCUGGUCAUCAGCUUCGACCGCUACUUCUCCAUCACGCGGCCGCUCACCUACAGAGCCAAGCGCACCACGAAGCGCGCGGCCAUCAUGAUCGGCCUCGCCUGGGCCGUGUCCUUCAUCCUGUGGGCGCCCGCCAUCCUCUUCUGGCAGUACUUCGUCGAGGCGGUGCCGGACUCGGAGGGCAAGUGCCAGAUCCAGUUCCUGUCGGAGCCCAUCAUCACCUUCGGAACGGCCAUCGCGGCCUUCUACCUGCCCGUCACCAUCAUGUGCAUCCUCUACUGGAGGAUCUACAAGGAGACGGAGAAGCGCUCCAAGGAGCUCGCCGGGCUGCAGGGCUCCGACACCGACUCCGAGUCGACGGGGCAGCUCGUGCUGCACGAGAGCCGCUCGCGCAAGUCCAGCUUCAACGAGGUCUACGUCAAGGACAACGGCGGAGGUGGAGCGGGAGGUGGAGCGGGAGGAGCGGCGGGCGCCGGCGGAGGUGGCAGAGACGCCGGGGGGCUGCGGUCCCCUCGCUACUGCUUCCCGGGGCUGCGCGUGUGCCGCCCGCACAAGCUCGCCGAGCGCGAGCUCAGCAACAGCGAGAGCUGGCGCAGCCACGGCGGCAGCGGGGGGCCCUCGCCGAGCCACUCGGCGCUCUCCGAGGAGGAGGGCUGCGCGCCCGAGCGGCCCAAGUCCAUCUACACGGUGGUGAUGAAGGCGUCGGGCUCGGGGCUGCUCGCCGUCCAGUCCUCGUCCACCUCCUCCGUGGCGAUCGCCGUCUCCGCCGUCGCGGUCGCGUCGGCCGGGGCGUCGGCGCAGGAGGACGGCGCCGCCGCCGCCGCCGCCAAGGAGGCGGCCGUGCCGACGGAGACGCGGCUGCGGGCCGACGGCCACUCGGCCGCCACGUCGCCCGUCGAGGCCUCCGCCCACCCGGAGCGGGACAAGCGGCACAAGUUCCACCAGCGCUGCUGCAAGUUCCCCGAGCAGUCCGGCGCCGCCAACGCCGCCGCCGCCGCGGCCUCGUCGUCCUCCUCCUCUCGCGGCGGCAACGGCAGCAGCAACAGCGGCGCCGGCGGCAGCGGCGCCGGCGGCAAAUCGCCGCGGCCGCAGUUCUUGCACGGCCAGGCAGUGUCGUGGAAGCACGACAAGAAGACGCGCAAGCUGCUGGCCAAGGCCAAGCGGCACGCGAAGCCCAAGAGCGUGACGCUCAUCAAGGAGAAGAAGGCAGCGCAGACGCUGAGCGCCAUCCUGCUGGCGUUCAUCGUCACGUGGACGCCCUACAACAUCAUGGUGCUCGUGUCGACGUUCUGCGACGACUGCAUCCCCGUCGACCUGUGGCACCUGGGCUACUGGCUGUGCUACGUCAACAGCACGGUGAACCCCAUGUGCUACGCGCUGUGCAACCAGAACUUCAGGCGGACCUUCAAGUGGCUGCUGCUGUGCCAGUGGGGCCGCAGGAAGAAGAGGCAGCUGCAGGACCAGAAGAAGGUCAUCUUCUGCAAGAAGAUCACCAGGGACGCGAGCACAUGAGCGGCGGCGCAGGUACGGGACGGUAGGGUGGGACGGAGUCGUAGGAGGAAGGCAUGGCGAGUCAAUCAACGAGGACUCGGGCCCUUUGCCGUUCGUUCGUGCCACCAGCGCAAGGGUGGCCGCGCUAGGGGAAGGCGGAAG